AUCUCGCUCACUAGUCACCUGAACAAUCAGUUAUACUUUGCCCAUUGAGACGAAGAGUUCUACAGCUUGGAAAAUGGAUUCAAGGACUUUCGUAUUGCUACUGCUGGUCGCCUGCUUGUGUGUCGCCUACUGUGUGGCAGCGCCUCAGGGAUGCAACGGAGGAUUUUACACCAGGAACGGCAAUAUCGUCAUUGAUCUGAACAAUUUGAAGGGAACGUUCGAUUGCGUGGAGAGGAAGCAUAGCAGACGUGGAUGACAUCCAGCUCUUAAUCGCAUUUCCUGACUGAAUAAUUGUUUGUGUCGUGUCCAGUACUUCAAUGUGAAAACUAUAAUUAAAUUCCUAAUAAUAAAUGAAAUAGAAAAUCUA